AUGAAAGAAGGUCCAUCAUGGGCAAUCAAGAAAUCCCAUACGGUUCUACCUGCUGACCAAGUUCGAUAUCUGACGGACCAUACAAUAAUGAGGCUGUCUCGGACCUCGAAUGGAUGCAACUUCGAGGCUUUAGUUAGAGCCAGGUAUAUCAUCAGUGCAGACGGCGCCCAGCUCAACCGGUUCUCUGACCCAGAAGGCCCCAACUUAGGCAAUCACAUACUGACUCAAAUGGUCAGUGCAGAUGUUACGUUCGAGCCCGAACAUGUCGGUCAAUUAACCAUUGAGGGCCAUAUCAAUAGCAUGAUUUCCGCAGACGGUUUCCUGAUGCUCACACCGUUCGGCAACUGCUUUCAUUCCGAGCUGACGCGCAAUGGAAAACUCGUUACAAAAUUCGUCUUCCAUAUAAUUUCUGCCAUACCGAAAUUGAUCGACAUGUACGGCCCAGCAUCUAUAACAUCGAAUUUGUCCCUAAACCUGACACCCGUCAAGGUCGACCAGCUGGUCUGGUCGACACAUUUCAGAACCCAUUCAGUUGUCACUGACCGCACGUUCACGCGUCUUGGUGCCGCUAUUUUCCUAGUCGGUGAUGCCACUCACAUACAGUCGCCUGCAGGGGGCCAGGGCAUGAACCUGGCCAUCAGGGACGCAAUCUUCUUUACAGAAGCCAUCACAAAGCACAUUCAAGCGUUUGCAGGAGAUUCCGAUGUGGAUGAUACAAUUUUGCGGGAAUGUGCACAAGUGCAUCAUGGGCGAGUGCUGGAAAUCAUCAGCUUCACCAAGAAGCUUUUGAAACUCGCAAGCCUUACGCAUGAUGUGUAUGUGUGGUGGAUGCCAUUCAGUCUAGCCUCUAUCCGCGAUCUGAUGUUAAGGAUAUUGGGCAGAUUUGAUUUUGUGCAGUCGAGUGUUGCAUGGAGCCUGAGUGGGCUUGGAAGACGGUAAUCGCAUAUUUUUGGGUGGUUUGGUUGACCGCGCUUCAUUUCUACUCUGCAUACUAUACAUAUGAUAUUACCAUCUCUAUCUUUCUAGACAUAAUAG